GAUCACCAAAAAAAUACCCUUCAGAAACAGGAAAUCACGCUUCCUGAGUCCACUUCUGAACACAGAAAUCUGUUUCCUCUACACGUUCCAAAUUGGCGAAACUCUGUCCUAGCACAUUCAGUGUGGAAACAGUUAUCAAAAAGUCUGGAAGGACUUGUCUCCCAACUUCACAUGAAACUUUUCGCUUCAAACUACUGAGAUGAAAGGAGCAAAGUUAUUUAUCCUCCUUUCUAGUUUAUGGAGUGGAGGCAUUGGACUUGACCACAUUAAGCAUCCUUUGACUACCCCUGCGGAUGAAAACUCCAAGAAUAUGACUUCUCUUUCAGCUCCUGCAAAUUACACACCAAGUUUUCAAAUGCUCUCAGGCACUCAGAACACAUCGACUAAGAUCUCUCUUACUCCUAUGCUGAGGACAUCUGAAGUGAAUCCUCUACAAUCAACAUUGCCUCCUUCAAAGUCAAGCCAGGCUCCUGAGAGUGUGAGAAACCAAACACCCACAGCCACAGGGAAGACAAAAGAAGAAGUGGUAAAGUUACAAAAGCUUGCCUUUCCAACCAAGCCCACCAUCAACAUCAAACCUGGAGCAGAGACAGUGGUCCUUUCCAACUCUACACUGAAAUUUCUUCAAAGCUUUGCCAGAAAGUCAAAUCAACAAGCAAACUCUCUAAAAUUAGCUGAUGGCAUGGGAAAUAGAUCCCCAAGGGAAACAUACCUCAGCAGAGGUGAUAGCAUUCGAAGCCAAAGACCCAGCUCUCAAAAGUCCAGUUUUGAAACAACUAGAGGAAAGAACUGGUGUGCUUAUGUACAUACCAGGUUAUCUCCCACUGUGGUGCUGGACAACCAGGUCUCCCAUGUUCCAAGUGGGAGAGGACCCUGUGUCUGGAUGGGUGGAUCCUGUCCUCAGAGAUCUCAGUGGAUAUCCAAUCCUGUCUACAAGAUGCAACAUAAAAUUGUUACCUCAUUGGAAUGGAAGUGCUGUCCUGGAUACAGUGGACCACAAUGCCAGCUAACAGCCCAGGAACAGCAGCAAUUGAUGCACAGCAACCAGGCUGAGAGUCACACGGCUGUUGACAGAGGAACAGUGGAGCAGACGCAGCUACAGCAGCAGCAAGACUGUGGCAACCCAGCAGUGGUGCAGAAACUGACUGACCAGAUGAACCAGCAGGCAGUGAAGCUGACUACUCUGCAGAAGAUGAUGGAUAGCAUUUAUGUGGCUGUGGGUGACUUAAGGACCACAUAUUCCUCAUUAGAAGGAAAAAUCAGCGAAGAUAAAAACAGAGAAUUUCAAUCUUUUCUAAAAGGUCUAAAAUCCAAAAGCAUUAAUGAUCUGGUGAAGGACAUAGUAAGAGAGCAAUUUAAAGUCUUUCGAAAUGACAUGCAAGAGACUGUGGCACAGCUCUUCAAGACUGUAUCAAGUCUAUCAGAGGACCUGGAAAACACCAGGCAAGUAAUUCGACAAAUGAAUCAGUCUGUGGCUUCAAUAGCUGUCCAGCAAAAGUCUGUUUUAAUCCAAGAAAAUAAGCCCACUUUGACUGAUAUAGUAGACCUAAAGAAUCGCAUUAUUAAUGUAAGGCAAGAAAUGACUACUACAUGUGAGAAGCCUAUUAAAGAACUAGAAGUGAAGCAAGCUCAUUUAGAAGGUGCUCUAGAACAACAACACAGGACAGGCGUUCUGUAUUAUGAAUCCCUCAAUAAGACUCUUGCUAAAAUGAAGGAAGUACAUGAUCAGCUUUUAUCUACUGAACGAGAGUCAGACAGAAAGAAUGUUCCCACUGCAGAAACAGUCAGCAACAAUGUCACCGCAUCCAUGGCUAUUCUGUAUGAGAAGAUAAGCAAGCAAGGUUUGAUGUUGCUUCAAAUAUUUGAUGAUUUCCACAUCCAAGACAGCAAGAUUAACAAUCUCACCAUCAGUUUGGAGAAGGAGAAAGAAUCCAUCAGGAGCGAAUGUGAGGACAUGCUAGCUAAGUGCAGAAAUGAUUUUAAAUUUCAACUUAAGGACACAGAAGAGAAUUUACUGGUGUUAAACCAAACAUUGGCGGAGGUUCUCUUUCCAAUGGACAAUAAGAUGGAUAAAAUGGGUGAGCAACUAAAUGAUUUGGCAUAUGACAUGGAGAUUCUUCAACCCUUUCUUGAGCGGGGAGCAUCACUUCAACAGACGAUGACAUACAACCAACCAAAAGAAGCAGCAGUUACAAAGAAAAAAGUGGAAAAUCUGAUCAGUGCUGUCAACAGCCUAAAUUUUCUAAUCAAAGAACUUACAAAACGACACAACUUACUUAGAAAUGAAGUACAGAGUCAGACUAAUGCCUUUGAACGACGUAUCAGUGAACAUGCAUUGGAAAUGGAAGAUGGCCUAAAUAAGACAGUGACUAUUAUGAAUAAUGCCAUUGAUUUCAUUCAAGACAACUAUGUGCUGAAAGAGACUUUAUAUACUACUAAGUGUAAUCCUGAAGUCCAUCACAAAUGCAACCAAAAUAUGGAAACCAUUUUGACAUUUAUUACUGAAUUCCAACAUUUGAAUGAUUCCAUUCAGAUUUUGGUCAAUGACAAUCAGAGAUAUAAUUUUGUCUUACAAGUCGCCAAGGCCCUUGCAGAUAUUCCUAAAGAUGAGAAACUGCAUCAGUCCAACUUUCAAAAAAUUUACCAAAUAUUCAAUAAAACUACUUCCCAGUAUCAGGAAAAUAUAAGUCAUCUGGAAGAAAAUUUAAUCUCAGCCACUAAAAGUUUCAAAAAUUUUGAAACUAGGCUGCAAGUCAUUGAAUCUAAAGUGACCCAGACACUUUUACCUUACUAUAUUUCAUAUAAAAGAAGCAUGAACACAAAUGAGAGAGAUCAAGCUCUUCAACUACAGGUAUUAAAUUCCAGAUUUAAGGCCCUGGAAGCAAAAUCCAUCCACCUUUCGAUUAAUUUCUCUUUGAUUAACAAAACUCUUCAUGAACUUCUAAUGAUGUGUCAUAAUGAUUCUACAAGUUCAUCAGAACUAAAUGUUACCACACCUAAGUGUAUAGAAGGUUCCUUGCCAGUUAGUGUGCAGAAAAGUCUGAUGGAAUUUGUAGAAUCAAUAAUUGAAAUAAAAACUCAAGCUGCCCUAUCUAAUUUCACUCGGUAUAUAGAUCACUUGUGGUCUGAUAGUCUGACAAAUGUUGCCGAAUCUCAGAAGCAUGUAAAAAAGCUAAAGAAACUUAAUACACUUAAGAAGCCAACAGUGAAUCUUACCACCACCCUGAUAAACCGGACCCAAAGAAACACGGACAACAUUGUAUAUCCUCCUGUAACAAAGGAGUAUUCAGGCUGCAGCAGCUUCCCAUGCCAGAACGGGGGCACAUGCAUAGACGGGAGAAUCAGCUUUACCUGUGCCUGCCGACAUCCUUUCUCUGGUAAAAACUGCACCAUCAAGCUGGUGGAAGAAACUGCUCUGGCUUCAGAUUUUUCCAAAGGAUCUUACAGAUAUGCACCAAUGGUGGCAUUUUUUGCAUCUCAUACAUAUGGAAUGACUACACCUGGCCCUAUCCUUUUUAAUAAUCUGGAGGUCAAUUAUGGAGCUUCAUAUAACCCAAGGACUGGAAAAUUCCAUAUUCCUUAUCUUGGAGUGUAUGUUUUCAAAUACACGAUUGAGUCAUUUAGUGCUCAUAGCUCUGGAUUUUUAGUGGUUGAUGGAAUAGACAAGUUUGCAUUUGAGUCUGAAAAUAUUAACAGUGAAGUACACUGUGACAGAAUUUUGACUGGGGAUGCCUUAUUAGAAUUAAAUUAUGGGCAGGAAGUGUGGUUGCGACUUGUAAAAGGAACAAUUCCAGGCAAGUUUCCCCCUAUUACUACAUUUAGUGGUUACUUGUUAUAUCGUACAUAAGUUAGUAUGAAAGACAGAUUAUCACCUUUACUGAAAACAGCUAGUGUUUUUAUUUAUCUUUGCAUACACAGCUGCUGCUUUUUAGUUUUUCUACACUAAGUGAAAACCAAAUUUUUUUAAAAAUUUGAGUGAAGCUCUAUGUAUGUUUAUUUCAUAAAAUUAUUUGCAUAUCUUUCAGUCUGUAUAUGAAGGAGUUCUUGCUCCUAAAGAAAUUUAGAGGCACAGGAAACAAAGUGCUUUUUUUUAGAGUAAGUAUUUUUAUUUUUGUUCUUUCAUUUUAAGUCAUUUCAAUUUAAAGUAAUAUAAAAUGUUAAUCACACAAUAUUGUUAGUCACUGUAAUCUUUCUAGUAGAACACUCAAUUUUUGUUGUAUCCCAUGUAUAUAAAUAUAUAACAAAUAUUUCCUAGGUUAAUAAACUCAAAUAAAUUACUCAAAGACCAUUAAAUGCUUUUUUAAACUA